UCGAAAUCUAUCAAGUUCUCUACCCCAUUGGAAAUCGAAUCAAGGACUGAAGAAAUUGAGUCUCUAUCUGUGUUGAGUCCAGCAAACUUCCAGUGGCAAUUGCAUCGGCAAAGGUACUCCAAAGGUUUUAAUGAUGGUUUGGUUAAGGCAUCUGUUAAAGUGUAUGAAGCUUUAGCACAUGGUCGGCCAGCUGUAGCACUUAAAUCUCACCAUGAUUUCACAGGUACAGGGGUAAAACUGCGUACAUCCGACCCCCUUACCCCACCGUAGGUGGGAGCUUUUGUGACACUGGGGUAGUGAUGAUGAUGAUGAUUGUUCCAACAAAAACGUUUAUUGGUAUAAUGGUAUCAUGGUAUGUGUUCUCUAACAUAUAGUUUAGGGGUGUAUUUGUUCCUUCACCUUAAAUAAAGGGAUAAAAGGGCAACUCAGUGCACGGUUGCGUCCUCGCAAGGCAAGGGUCCAGGAAGUAUCCCACCAUAAGGGUGUAGUGGGGCAAGGCUUCUCAUGCCAAUUUGGCAAGAGGCCUCUCCCAUAGUUUUCAUAUAUAUAUAUAUAUAUAUAUAAUAUGUACACAUAAUUUAUAUACAACUUUACUUACUGUAUGGCGUAGAGUGUUGGGCGGUGAAACAAUGUCACAUUCAAAAGAUGAGUGUGGCAGAGAUGUGCAUGUUGUGUUGGAUGUGUGGGCAUACUAGGAAAGACCACGUGAGGAAUGAGACAAUCAGACAAAGAGUGGGAGUAGCACCUAUUGAAGAUAAGAUGCGGGAGUUGCGCCUACGGUGGUUUGGUCAUGUGCCUAGAAGACCGAGUGAUGCACCUGUCAGACGAGUUGUGAUGUGUGGAGAAGAGGCAAGGAAGAGAGAGAAAGGAAGGCCCAAACAGACGUGGGUUAGGGGAGUCCGAAGUGAUAUGGUUCUUCUUGGGUUGGAUGAGGGUAUGGCUUUGGAGAGAGCAAAGUGGAGGGCGGGUAUUCGUGUGGAGGAGUGAUCUCGUAUUAUCUUUUCCCAUCAUCUCUUUUUAUUUGUUUUUUAUCCUUUUAUCCUUAUAUAUAAACAUUAUUUUUAUCCGUUUUAUUUUAUCUUUUUAGGUAUAUUCAUCUCUUUUUAUAUUAUCUUUUUUAUAAUAGCUUAUCUUUCUUAUCUUUAUUUUCUUUCUUUUCCUUUUGGUGGUGAUAUCAUGUAUCGAUUCAUGUUAGCCGACCCCAAUAUCUUUUGGGACCAAGGCUUGGAUGUUGUUGUUGUUUACUUACUAAGUUACUAAUGGUAAGAAUAUUCUACAUGUUUAUAUAUAUAUAUAUAUAUAUAUAUAUAUAUAUAUAUAUUUCAUAAAUAAAUGUAAACUGCAAUACAUUUCUUGCAAUGGAGUGCAUUAUGAAAUUUCAAAUAUCAAAAAGUUAAAGUUGGUGAUGUUGCAAUGAAUAAACCCAUAAAAAAUCCAUGAGCACACACUAAUGCAAGACUAAAGUUAGAAAUCCCACUGAAAAGAAAAAUGUUAGAAACCUAAGAGUUUCUAAAACACUAUUUAAUUAUUAAAAUGGGUUCCUCAAAUUCUUUUUAAUAAAAAAAGGUAUGAUAACAAACAUUUGAAGUUUUUGAGUUUCCAACACACUUUUAGGGUUCGAAAUGGCGAAAUUUGAGUUCCAUGAAAUUUCCGUGCUUGUCAGGGUUAUAUGAAUAUGUACAAUAAUUAUGAGCUAUUUGUAAAUGCCCUUAUGAGCUAUGUUUUCAAAUUACCUUCCUCAAGGCCUAGCCUACGAUUCUCCUGAACCGGCCCCUCCAAAUCACCAAUGCUAUGCCGUCUGUCUAGCGUCCAUCGCUUUUUAGAACAUUUCUUAGGACAUAAUUGAUAAUGCCAAAUACAUGCAUUCUUAAGACAGAACGGUACCUAUUAUGGUGUUGUUGAGGCUAACAGCUCCUCAAGGCGAGACUAUAAAAUCGCUUUGAGGCUCCCACUUAAAAAGUCACUUAUCAUGAUGCUUAUUCCCCAAUCAGUUGCUAUCUUGUGUUCUCUUCUCAACUGCUAAUUUCCCUAUUAAAAUGUAGAUUAGCUCAAUAUACAUUUUCAUUGCUAUUUUUUCAGUGAUUAAUUUUCUGCAGAUUUGAAGGUGCAUUUGCAGUUCAUAUAUGCAACUACAGAUGCAUACUAUGGAGUAUUCUUUGUUAUCUACAGUUGUUAGGACAUGAGAAUGGGUUGAAACACUCACUCUUGAUCUUUCUUUAGUAGUUUGGGUCGAACUUAGUCCCUUAGUCCACAAGGUAUGAGUCGAACUUUUAAAAUAGAUUCGUGCUACACUGCUACCUUAUUUUACAUAAAGUAAACAUAGGCAUAAUGUAUAAAAUGAGCCCCUGGAAUGGAUCUCAUAAUGCUGGCCUCAGUUAAAUGUCUUCUUGGGUUCACUACAAAAGCGUCUAUUGUAAAAUGUCUGUUCAAUGGUCUGAAAGUUCUUUACUUAAAUACAUACUUUCAUCCUAAUCAACAGUAAAAGAAUACAAAAAGGGCAAAUAAAGAAUUACAAUCCAAUUUACUGCUAGUGGAUAUACUUGAAUAACUAAUGAAUCUUCCUAAUAAAGCCUUCUUUUUUCGAAACCUCUUUAGACAAAUGAAAACAAUCUAUAUGGCAGGUUUUCAAGCACUACUGCUAGAACUUUCGCUACUUCCAGGGGUAGUAAGCUCUCUAAGCAUAGCAACAACUUGCAACAUAUUAAGCCGCUUUGAUGGGAAAUCAUCCACACAUUGCAGUGUUAUCUCCAAGUACCUAAUCAUUUCCUUCACCGCCACCUCCUCUGCUGCUACGACUGAGUCAUCCGUCCCGCUGCCUUUCGAAAACAAUAGCAGCUGAGGAUCAAUGACUUCCAUUGUUUUUCCUUCUCCCACUUUCAUCUUUACCCAUCCCACCAGGUUCGUGUCCCCAAAAUCUUCCUUGUCAGUAGGCCUUUUCCCUGUCAAAAGCUCCAGAAGGACAACCCCGAAAGAGUACACGUCGCCCUUUGCAGUGCACCGGAAACUCUGGUAGUACUCUGGGGGAACAUACCCCGGUGUGCCGGCAAGUGUGCUCACGCUCAAAUGCGUAUCUAACGCGCUUAUGAGUCUGGCCAUGCCAAAAUCCGAAACUCUUGCUUCAAGCUCGUCAUCUAAAAGGACAUUGCUAGAUUUCAUAUCGCGGUGGAUGAUGUGUGGGAUGCAAUUGUGGUGAAGGAAACACAACCCUUUGGCUGCUCCCCUUGCAAUCUUCUUUCUCUCUUCCCACGUUAGGGUUAACGAUCUCCUCCACCUCACAUGGAGAGCUUCUUCAAGGCUCCCGUUUCUCAUGAACUCGUAAACCAGUAGCCUCUCCUCCCCUACUUUGCAGUAGCCCAAGAGAGGGACAAGGUUCUUGUGUCUGAUCUUCCCAAGCGUCUCCAUCUCCGCCAUGAACUCCCUGUCUCCUUGACAGCUCAAGCUGAUAAGCUUCUUGAUCGCGACAGUCGUCCCAUCUUUUAAUGUCGCCUUAAAGACUUCACCGAACCCGCCCGUGCCAAUCAGGCUAGCAGCCGCGAAGCCGUUUGUGGCCUCUAUCAGCUGUGAGAAUUUCAGCUUCCUUAGCUGCAUUUGGAAAGUUGCAACAUUUAUGCUCAGCGGUUCCUUCUCCCUCUCUAUCUUCCACGUUGUGGCUGCCUGUGAUGCAUUGAGCCUGUUCAGCAUCUUGACUCCCUUUGCCUCCCUAUGUCUAGAACGAACCAUGACAACGGCCAACACAAUCAAAGCGAAGAUGGUUGCAACUGAUAUGCUGAUCCCAAUAACGAUUGCUUUAAUAAUCAUCCGGGAAGCUCGUGACCCUCUUUGUCUUGAGUUUUGAUCUGUUGUCGGAGGGUCGUAGUUGUAAACGUACUGGCAUUUGGACAAGGGGACGCCACAUAGGCCUGGGUUGUUAGCAAACUGGGUGGCGGGAAGUGUGCUGAGCUGUCCUGUCUGAGGGAUUUCCCCGGUCAACUCAUUGUAGGAGAGGUCGAUUUGGACGAGGAAAGAUAGAUUUGAGAAGGAAUCAGGGAUAUGGCCCUGUAACAUGUUGUGUGAAGCGUCAAACACGCCUAGGUUUUUUAGCCCACCACCGAAAGACGAGGGGAUUUCUCCGGAUAAACGGUUGUGAGACAAAACCAUUACUUGUAAAUCUAUCAUCUCCCCGAACUCAUCCGGGAUUUCUCCCCUAAGAUCAUUAUAUGAGAGGUCAAGAUACUCUAGAGUCUGGUAGCUUGUGAAGAAGCUAAGGACCGGACCGGAAUAUAAUCGUGUGAAGUCGCAAGUCUUCAGGGAUGGGAUUUUCAGUAGCCUCUCUGGGCGGAUGCCGUAAAAUUCAAGCAACCCCCCGACUCCUCGGCAAGAGUUCCCGAUGUUCCGGACGAAAACCAUCGUAUUACCAGAUAAGAUCCCGCCCUGGUGGGCCUUUGAUCCUUUCUGGCGGCCCAGCCGGGCUGGGAUCUCACCAGUCAAACCGUUGCUGCUUAAGUCCAGCCAUACCAAACUACUACAGUUGACUAUCUCGGUGGGAAUUUGACCACUCAAGCUGUUAUUUCCGAGCUGCAAGAUUGCUAGCCUCUUCAGGGACCCAAAUUCUACAGGAAUUUCACCUGUUAGUCCGUUACUGGUGAGGGCAACCCACUCGAGAUUCCCACAUUUGAAAAGCUCCUGCGGUAAUUUUCCUCUCAGUCUAUUGUUGUUCAAGAUGAGACCCUUGAGUUUCCCACAGUUACCCAACUCCGCUGGAAUAUUCCCGUCCAAAUUGUUGUACCAGGCAAUCAGCUGUUCCAGAUUUCCUAGUUUCCCUAGCUCCGGAGGGAUUGAGCCAUUGAGAUUGUUCAAGCUCAAAUCAACCGUCCUCAGCUGCGUACAUUUCGAUAGCUGACCUGGAAUCUGCCCGUAAAGCAAGUUGUCUGGUACUCUCAGCUCUUCGAGAGAAGCAGCUCCAGGGCAUAAAUCUGGCGGAAUCAUGCCGGAAAUCAAGUUGGAGCUGAAGUCAAUCACUCUCAGCUUACUGCAGAAGGAUAAGGAAGCUGGAAACACGCCUGAGAUGUUGUUGCUUCUCAUCAGCAGAGUCUCCAGGGACACCAUUUUUGGAAGAAUAGAGUCCGGGAAGGAGCCUGUUAAAUUGUUAUUUGAAAAGUCCAAGUUCUGUAGCAAAGAACAUGAAGAAAAGGAAUAUGGGAUAGAUCCGGUUAUAUUGUUGUUCGAAAGCUUAAGUUCCAAAAGUGACCCACAAGCAUUCCCCAGCUCGAGAGGGAUCCAACCCGUCAAAAGAUUUGAAGAAAAAUCCAAUCUUUGUAUCCUUUUGAGCUGUCCGAAUUGGCCUGGGAUUUGACCAGAGAAUGAAUUGGAAGCCAAAUUCAAGUCGGAGAGAUUUGUACAUUUAGCAAAGUCUGCCGGAACAGAACCGGAAAACUGGUUACCCGACAAAUCAAGGUGUGCCAAGGAAUCACAAACCUCGAUUAUCAUCCCAAAAACUGAACCGGUCAGGUUGUUAUAAGACAUGUCCAAAAAAUUCAGUUUUCUGGUCUGGACCAAGAAGUUGUCUGGGAGAGAACCAGUAAUAUUAGUGAAAGCGACAUUCACAUACUCUAGAUUUGGGCAUUUGGCAAAUAGACACUCUGGGACAUUCCCUGCCAGUCCGGAAAAUGACAAUUCAAGAUGCUUUAUUCCGUAAGGGAGUUGACUCAGCGAAGAGGACGAUACUGACAUCUCUUUGUUCCCAGAAGCAUCAAGGGAAACCAACAUGUCCAGAGAACCUAAAGGGUCAAAAGAAACAUCGUCACCAACAAGGCCGGCACUUGAAAGAUCAACAGCACUCACUCUCCCUAGGCUACUACACUUCACUCCAUACCAAGAAGAGGAACAUGGAUCUUCUUUCUGCCGCCACCCGGAAAGAACUCCUCUCGGGUCUUCCUGGAUCAUUUUCUUGAACACCAGAAGGGAAGCUGCAUCGGUUUCAAUGGAAUGAACAGGAGGUAGGGUGGGGUCUGUUGCAGCAGAAACAGGAAUCAAAACUGCCCAAGCUAAGAUGGCUGAGAGAAGAAGAUAAAGGGAAUGCCGGAGUUGUGAGAUGGUGAUUUCCAUUUGGUCGGUGAUGGGGGUAUGAUCUUUGCGUAGGAAUGCAGAGAGAAAAGAGGAAACUAUUAGCUUUAGGCAAAAGUUUGUCUUUCUGAAUUCAAUGUCUUUUUCAUUUUCUUUUUGUUUUAUUAUUUAUUCUUCUUGCUAUUUGUAAAUCGAAAAGGAGGCAAAUCUCACGUAGAAAGAAGAAUUGAGAAAAGCAGAGUCUGCUGUGGGGUCAAAAGGAGAGCUUUGGUAAAGGAAAAGUCAUCCCUAAAAUAAUGAAAACCUACACUUCUUUAAUGCGGUAAAACAAUCACUGAAGAAAGUACUUCAUCCAUCAUUUGAUUGUUUCAAGAAACUCUUACCUUCUCC